AUGAGAGAUAGCUGCAUGUGCCCAAGGAUGAAGUGUCUUGUUUUCGGGCAUGUGCAGAUUGUCAAGCAAGACAGUGUUCUAAGAAAAGCAGCUAUCGCAGCUGCAUUGGCACAUGAGGAAGAGCUAUACGCACCUGCGUCAACAAAAAUGGCAUAUCUGAGUGCAGUGGCUCAUGCCCGGGCAGAUGAGUCAUUCAUUCCUGGUGACUGUCUCCACCAAGUUAAGGCCACGCAUUGCAAACAAGGCACCGCGCCCGGCAAAGGCAUCAAGUGGCAGGACCAUGCAGAUGGCCCAGGGAGACAACAGGGCUCUCAGCACGGUCGAAAACGCCCGCGCUCCCCUGUUCCCUGGGCACGCGAAGAUUGUGACAGCGCAGUUGCAGCCGCUGGUGCGCAGCUGGGUGGGGACAGGACUGAGACAUCCGUGAGGCUUUGCUUUGGGAGCUCGUCCGACAGCGAAAGCGAGUCCCAGGAGGCAGGGGAGCCUGACGACGCAAGCCAAGGGCAAGAUGCGCCUCCAUCAUCGACAAUUUCAAUGCCAUGGAAGAAACGCGAAAAAUGGUUAGAGGAUGCUGAAAAUAACCUGAGCGACGGCGAGCUUCAUUACACUCCUCCGCCCAGAGAACGUAGCAGUAGGACAGCAGGCGAGAGGAGAAAGGGGGAGGCUGACGACGAGCGUCAAACAUGCGGGCCACCCUUGGCUGGGCUGCCAGGGUCUGACAUCUUGUCGAGGAAAGACGUGAGGCCUGACGUGAUCCAGUGCGGAAGGCCAACAGGUGGGAUGGAUGGGUUGAGUCAUGAACAAAGCGAGCAAGCAGCAACACCAGCAGGACACUGCCACAGGAAUCCAAGUAUGCUGCCGCAAGGGUGGGAGAGCCCUGAUGCUGAAAAAUCUGCUGCAGUAAGGGAGCAGGUUGUGCGAUUCGUUCGCGGUGUGUUGAAGCCAUUCUUCAAGGCCAGCAUCGUUUCCAAGGAGAUGUACAAAGAGGUGGCCAAAAAGUCUGUGGACAAGGUGAUGGGGGCACACAGCAGGGAUAGCGAUGCCAGUUUUCUCAUCCAUGAGAGUGAGAGAAUACGCAAGCUCAUAGAGCAGUAUAUAGAGUAUUGCAAGUUUGGAAAGGUGCAAUGA